AUGAAAAAUUUACUUAAGAGUUAUUUUGGAAAUGAUCUAUUAUUAGAAAUUCAUGCUUCUUUAAAUAAUUUGGAUCCUCUUCACUAUCUUGUUACUCAGGUUCAAAAUUUAAUUCAUCCACAUGGACAAGGUAUAUUAGGCUUGGUUCAUGCUUUUUCUUCUAAUUUAGAUAAUAUUCAAGAAUAUGUUCAAAAAAUUGUACUUACAUAUGUACGAAUUUUUACAAAUAUUAUAACUGCAAAUGCUUAUCAUCGUAUGUUUAAAGCUAUAAUCGAAACUGUAAAUGAACUUUGUAAACAAGAGGUUCAAAUCAAACAUAUUCAUGAUAAUGGUUGGAAAGUUAUCCUUGAUGACUUAGAUGUUGCACAAGCUAAAGGUCUUGGAUUAGUGCUUGAAGAUUUGGAUCUAACAAAAACUUGGAAAACUCACUUGACUUAUAUUUUUAAGUCAUACUAUUUAAAAAGUUUAAUGUAUGAAAUAUUAGUAGCUGAUAAAGAACGUGUUGAUGCUAUAUUUUAUGAAUUUUUUAUAUCAGAUAAAGAUGGUGCAUCAGCUUCUUUAAAUUACUAUUAUUCGCAUAUUCUUAAAGAAGACUGGUGUAAUGCAAGAGAAACUACUAAUAUUGCUGAAUCUGCUCAUGCAGAUGCUAAUAGAGAAGAAAUUAAAAUGAAUUUAUUACUUGCAAUUAGAAAUCAAAAGUAUAAAAAAAAGGAAUCUGCAUCAUCAACUAAAAAAGUAUCACCAAAUUCUAAUGCCACUGCAAUAGGCAAUGAAGAAUUAAAUGAUAUUGACCUUGAAAUUGCUAAGCAUGAAAAGUUAAGAAAGCUUGA